AUGAGCACAGACUUCAAAGGCAGCAAGCCAGGACUCAUCACAGACACGCCCGCCGUCGACUUCCACGUCGAUCCCUCUGGGAGAUCGCAAUCCAUCGACAAGACCGACAUCGAGAAACAAUGGCCUGCACGCCAGUCAGCAAGCUCCGUCUUCCUGGCCAAGACCUCGCAAGAUGAAGGCCGCGAGGCGCACGAGUCCUCUCCGCCAGCCUCUCCACCGCCUUUGGAGAAGACUGACGAUGUAACCUACCCGGAAGGAGGAACGGCGGCAUGGCUCGUCGUUCUGGGCUCCUUCUCCGGCAUGAUGGCUGCUUUUGGGUACAUGAAUGUCAUCUCGACCUACCAAGCGUACAUCUCCCACCAUCAGCUGGCCGAGUACGAUGAGUCCACCAUUGGCUGGAUCUUCAGCGUCUACGCCUUCCUGUCCUUUGGCGCGGGCAUCUUCAUUGGACCCAUUUUCGACGCCUACGGCCCCAGAUACCUCGUACUGGGCGGAAGUGUUGCCCUCGUGCUCAGUGUGUUCUUGAUGAGCAUCUGUACUUUAUACUGGCACUUCCUCCUCGCCUACGGCAUCCUAGGCGGCCUCGGAACGGCACUGAUCUUCACUCCCGCCGUCGCGGCCAUCGGCCACUGGUUCAAUGCCAAACGCGCCAACGCAACCGGCAUCGCUGCAGCGGGCGGCGCAGUUGGCGGCGUCGUCUUUCCACUUAUGCUGGAGGCGCUCUUCGUACGAAUGGGAUGGGCCUGGGCGCUUCGAAUCCAAGGCUUCAUCUUCGUGUUCCUCGUCGGCGUCGCGAAUCUCCUCAUUCGCUCCCGCCUGCCGCCCAAGCCUGGGAGCAGUUGCGUGCCGGAUUUCCGCAUCUUGCGCUUCCCCGCGCUGGCGCUCGUGACUGCUGGGACGUAUUUUAUGGAAUGGGGCCUCUUCACCCCAAUCGCAUACCUCACCUCCUACGCCCUCUCCACCGGCGCGGUAAGCUCCACCUUCGCCUUCCAGAUCAUCGCCAUCUUCAACGCCGGUUCCGCCCUCGGUCGCUGGCUACCAGGCUACCUAGCCGACAAAUGGGGCCGCUACAACCUCUCCAUCCUCGCACUGUCAGCCUGCCUCCUCUCCUCGCUCGGCCUGUGGCUCCCCUCCGCAAUCCUAUCAGCCCCUACAGCCGAUGGAGCGACCAAAGACAACACAGCGAUCGUAAGUCUCCUGAUCGUCUUUUCGAUUUUCAUGGGCUUCGCGUCGGGCUCGAAUAUUAGUCUGACGCCGGUGUGCGUGGGCAUGCUGUGCGAUACGCAGGAGUACGGGCGGUAUUAUGCUACUUGCUACUCCAUUGUGUCGCUGGGGACGUUGACGGGCACGCCGAUUGCGGGCGCGAUUAUUGGGGCCAACGGAGGGGCAUAUUGGGGGAUUGCGUGCUGGGCUGGCGGGAAUUAUGUCAUGGCUCUGCUAUGCUACACUGCUGUCAGAGUGCUCAAGGUGGGGUGGAAGUGGAAUGCAGUGUACUAG